CAAAUCAUUUAGAAAAAACAUCUAUUGCUUAUGGUCCAUAUUGUACAAUACAUCACGUACACGAUUCUUUUGAAGAGAAAUUCGAAAUUAUUAACUUUUAUUCAUUUAACAAAGUAGUGUAAGCUUAGUAAUCGACAGUUUAUGAUCUCAGUUUUUAAACCAUGGCUUUAACUGCGGAGAGGCUUAGAAAUGACGAAAGGUUUUCUGGGGACAACGUUACGCAAUUUCUCCUUUUUUUGCCAUUUGGACUAUGUCUGUUUGUAGUUCGGACAAUUUUGGCUUUAAUCUUAUGGGUCGCUUCGAUAAUAUUGCCGAACAAAUCGACAGUCAGGCAGAUGCUGUCGACCCUCGCCUGCUGGACAUUCGGAGUGUACGUGAAGGUGAAGGGCCAGCGUGACCCUCGCUGCAGCAUGCUUGUGGCCAACUACGCGUCCUGCCUGGACUCGUUGGCUGUUGCGCACGCGCUGGGAACCAUCAGUCUACGGAAGUGGAAGGUGCCGCCAUUUUUUGCGUCAACGCUAGGCAUCAGGAACGCCGCCCAGUUUGUUAGAAAAGAACACUUCGGCGACUGCACAAGCGCGCCACUACUGCUGCAGCCGGAGGGCGGGCCGGCGAACGGCCGCGGGCUGCUCCGGUUCGCCGACUGGCCCUUCCCCGUCGCCCAGCGAGUGCAGCCCGUCGCCAUUGAGGUGGAACGAGCGUUCACCGCGGUAACCGUCCACACGGGCCACGCGGCCGGGUUCCCUUGGCGCGACGCGCUCUGGUUCCUGCUGGCGCCCGUCACCGUGUACCAGCUGACCCUGCUCCCGGCUACUGGUGACGUCACGGAGGUGGCCGGCGUCAUCGCUGAACACUUGCAGAUAGAGGCAACAAACAUCGAGUACCCGCAGCUAUGUGUGCCGCCCCCGCGCCCGCCCCCGCGCCCGCCGACGCCGAGCCGGGCCGCGGCUCCGGGCGCGACCCCCGAGCUGGCGCGGCGCGCGCAGCAGGUGAAGGAGGUGUUGCCGCGCGUGCCGCUCAACGAUAUCAUGAGGGAUCUAGCUAUCACACGCAGCGUAGAUGUGACAGUGACGAACUUCCUGGAAGGCGUGACGCCCUACACGGCCGAGCCGGCCCCACAGGCCUCACAGGCCUCACAGGCCCCACAGCCCCCGCAGGCCCCCGCCGACCCCCAGCCCGGCCCCUCGGCCCCGCGCUACGUCACGCCGCCUGCUCAGGCCCCCUUCCCAAAGAGCGCGAAAGAGCGCCAGCUCAGCUUCCAGGAGCGCAAGGCGCAGAUGAUCGCCGACGCGCGCCACAGGUAUAUACAGAAACACGGGCUCAAUCUCACUGUCACACUGACAGGCUAAUGAUACACAUUGUUUUGAUAUAUUUUCUUACAUAACUUUAGUUUGAGAGCAUUCUAACAAUGUGUGAAAUUUGGGAAUGAUAGGAAGCUGAAUUUUGAUUUGAAAUUGUAAAUUAUUAAGCUAAACCAUUGGACUGAUUCUAAUUUUAAUAAACGUCAAAAAUUAAAUGUGCCAUUUUCAACCAAAAGGGUACUUAUUGUCGCUUGUCAGUAAGGCGCUGUUUCCAUAUAGCUUCAAUUAGAAAUCAACCUUAUCGACAAGCGACAAUGUGGUACCUUUUGGUUGAAAACGUCACAAAUGUCGAUACGAUGUGGAUCGGAUCUGUCAUUCAAAAGUGACGUUUUUGUUUAAAAAAAAAAAGUCACUUAUAAACUGAAUACCGUAUCGGGAUCUAAUUUUUGACGUUUAUUUAAAUUAGAAUCAGUCUGUAUGGACUAUUAUCGGAUCAAAAAUCGGCUUCCUGACAUUUUGAGAGUAGCGUUCACGAGCGGUACGGUGGAAUGCUCCUAGAGCGAUUGACUUUACUGUAUUUCACUCUUUGAAAUAAAUAGAUUAUUCUAUUAAUAAAUAAAUAAAUUCUUCAAAUAGAUUUUGGUUAUAUUUUUGAAGGCUACCACGACUUUGACACUGAUGUAUUCGCUAACUUUUGCGUAACUUUCUAUAAAUCUCGCUCGCACUAAUAUGCAAGUACGAGCGAGAUGCGUAGAAAGCCAUUAACAUUUCGACCGCUGUCACAUAUACGUGACUGAGAGGAUAGUGUAAACAAAUAACUAUAUUCCUUAAUUUGAUAUCGUAAUUUAUCUAAAUAUUUUUUGUUCUCAUUUUUAAUAAGGAACAGCGUAAUUGUUGACUGAUCACAAUAUAAACUUUUCUUUGCUUAGUUCUUAUAUCAAUAUUGUGAUAAUUUUUGGCGUUUAUUCUUGUCGGGAACGGUGGUAUUACCACCUGUCCAAUUUCUUUGUGCAAUGUGUAUUGCGUCUCA